AUGGCCCCUAAUGAGUCAAGGGAGAGGGCAAGUCAAGGACCUGAUGGAGCGGAAGAGUUGAGGUGGUGGAAGAGUCAAAGAGCGGAAGAGCCGUGGGAGCAAAGGAGUGUGAGGGAGCACGGAAGAUACGGCACCGUCGGCGACAGCACCGACGACGACAGCACGGAACGGUCGAGCUCUCGGCACCGACGAGUUGACGGCCCGGAAGAGUCGAGGGAGCGGAAGAGUCGAGGGAGUACUGAAAGCUUGAGGGAGUACGGAAGAGUUGAUGCUACCGACGGGUUGACGGUGCCGGCGAGUUAUCAGCACAGAAGAGAUCACGGCGCCGGAAAAGAUCACGGCACGGAAGAGUUCUGCGAGUACGGAAGAGUUGAAGGAGUGGCCGGUCAAGGGCGCGGAAGUGCCGAGGGCGUGGUGGAUUCAAGGGAGCGGAAGCUUCGAGGCUCCGGAAGGGUCAAGGUCUUGGUAGAGUCAGUCAAGGCCCCAGAAGCGUUGUCGGAACAUUUCAAGGCCGCGGGAGAGCCCAGGGAGCAAGGCAAGGCCUCGGAAGAUCCCAGAGAGCAAGUCAAGGAGCACGGCGAGGGCGCGGAAGAGCCCAGGGAACGGGCGGUCGAGGGCGAUGCUGGGGAAGAGUGA